AUGUUAACCUCAGUUGAGCUUUUUAUGAAUGCAAAUGUUUAUUCUGAACACCCUUGCUUUUUGUCUGCUGUGAACGAACAUAGUGAAUAUUUUUGGAAUUCUAUUAACAAUCUUUUACCCUUGUCUGUCGCUAUGGAGUGUUUAGAUACAGAUUCAACCAAGGAUAACUUGGUCAAUCCUGCAUGCCAGAAGGCCCCUAAUGAGACUUUUUCUUCUACCACACAACUUGAUGCUCAUAAAUUAGAUGAGUUUGCAACACCUAGCUCCACUUCUCAACAUUUGUCAACUAAAACACAACAAAGUACUACUUCUCUUCCAGCAACAUGA